AUACAUUAUUUGAGCAUUUUUUGCUUUUAGACGGACUCAUCGUUUCUGCCAAUACAUAACUUAACUUUGAAUACAACCUACCGAUUUAAAGUGACUGCCGUAUCAGAGAAAGGGUUGGUUGAUGAUACAAAGAUGACGGAGUUUAUAACAACACUUCCUGAACACUAUGUGCCUAACCAUGUAGCAAAUGUAGGAAUUGAAAUGCAGACUUACUAUAAACAGGCAGUCAGUGCGAAAAUUAGCUGGGAUGCUGCUGAAGACAAGUCCUGCUUCUACAGAAUAUAUUGGCUACCUACUUGCAAGCAGAAUAAGGGGAGGAAUUAUGUUGAAGAAGAAAUGAAGUCUAUCACUGUACGUAUAGACGAUAUACGCACUUCGGGUCCAGUGUUUUUAUCUAGAAGAGAAACUCCUCCUGACUUCGUAUAUUGGAUGAACAGACUCCAGUUUGACUGCAAUUACACUGUUAGUAUAUACAGUUAUCCUUCACCAUUGUUUACGAGAGGAAGCAACGUGACCAAGAUAACGUUUCUAACACUCGGAUGCCUCAACGCUACAAUGUUCAACUACACAGUAUGCAAUCCGGAGGAACCACGAAACAUUUCCGCGACCGUCACAAAAUUUUAUAUGACUGACGGAAUGUUGAGAGGAAAUACAACGUUUGUCUGGGAAACCCCACCUCAUGUCGGACCGAACAACAAACUGACAGGCUACAUUCUUGAGUGGUCGAAAAAAGUCCCGCUACAUAUGGGACCACUUGAAGAUCCCGAUAAGGGAAGCCUUACACUGUUUCCGAAUCAGUCCAGUCAUGUGAUACCGGAAAUGCACUGGAACAGUGAAUAUCGUAUCCAGCUCCGCGCUACAUCUGUGGGUGGAACGAGCGACCCCAUCACUACAGUUGUUGAUAUUGGUGUUGUAGGUUACCGUGACGAGCCUAAGAAUAACACUUCAGCUACGAUUCUAGGCAUGUCCGUUGCUGUUUCUAUACUAAUCAUGUCAGCUGCAAUUCUCCUUUUCCGUCAUACCAAUCGAAAAAGGCGUGCGUUUCAGGAGACAAAUCCUCUUUAUGAUAAUGCUUGUGCCAGCACUGGGUGUGAUGGUCCUAUCAUUCUGGACGAAUACGAGGUCGAGUUUUCAAGGUUGUUGCUUUUAAACACUUUGGGUGAAGGUGCAUUUGGCAAGGUUGUCAAAGCGGAGUUAUUGAUUCCAGGAAAGAACGCCAAAAAAGGGAUUGUGGCUGUGAAGAUGUUGAAAGAUCACCCUGACGUUGUGGAAAGACGGAGCCUUUUUAAGGAGAUUGAGGCAAUGAAACAGCUGGGGCAUCAUCCGAACAUUGUCAGUAUUAUUGGAUGCUGCACAAAGAACGAUAACCUUAUUUGUCUGAUAAUGGAUUACUGUCCACUAGGUGACCUGAGGCAGUACUUACACCGGAUAAGACCGCAGACACAGUAUGAGAGCAGUCCCAAGCUAAAACACGAAGACAGUGGCAUGUUUUCGGAUAUGACGGAGAAUACAAAUGCAGAAUCUGACACCCAGCCUAUAACACAGACCAGGUUAUUGUCAUACGCGCGACAGAUCGCCAUCGGCAUGGAGUACCUGGCAGAGAAGAAAUACGUCCAUCGAGAUCUUGCUGCCAGAAACAUACUUAUGUCUGAUUUUGAUUGUCUAAAACUUUCCGAUUUCGGCCUCACACGUGAUGUGUACGAAACGAAUAUAUAUCAGCCGACAUCAGCGAGAAAACUUCCUUAUAAGUGGAUGGCCAUAGAAGCAAUUUACGACCAGAUCUUCACAACGAAAUCUGACGUGUGGUCGUUUGGAAUUGUUCUUUGGGAGAUAGUAACCUUCGGAGGAAGCCCAUAUCCAGGCAUUCCAAAUAAGGAUUUGUUUCGGUUGUUAAAGGAUGGGUAUAGGAUGGAAAACCCAGGAAACUGCAGUGCUGACAUAUAUCAACUGAUGCUAUCAUGCUGGCAUCCAAAACCACAAGGCCGACCUGCCUUUAUCAACCUACGACAAAAACUGGAGGCUAUGCUGGAGGUUACAGAGGCUUACAUCAAUUUGUCUGUUUCUGUGUCUGAUGACUACUACCACUCCGACUCAUUCAGCAGUAAAGACGAUGAAAGUAAAAAAGAGCGAAAUUCCAAAAUAUCUUACCUCGAAGAAAACAAACACGAAAAACAUCCAAAAUUCAGCCGUGACCUCGGCGGAACAGAUAAGUCGUCUUUA